CAAAACUUUGACAGACAGUGAUAGUUUUCAUUGCAGUGUCAGAUUCAUUAGAAGACAAAACAUUAGCUGACAAAAAUUUUCAAAGAGAUUUGGGCGUUUCUUUUAACCUUAAAAGAAAUAUUAUAUGCAAUAUGGAUCACAUUCCUUCAGUAUUCAUUCAACGAAUUUGAAAUGAAAAAAAGCGCCAGUUUGGAAAAGAUAAAUGGUUUCGAAUUGGUGUCAAAUGCAAGAUACGCUGGACAAAACUUACCCGAAAACUGCUCAUUGCCGAAGAAGAGGCAUAAACGUGUUGCGGAUAUAUUUGAACACUACUGUAUUACCAUCAAACCAAAAAUACAUAAGAGCAGUUCCCUCACUGAUCUUACAGCGCAGACAAACAAUUUUACUUUAGAUCUUUAUAAACAAACCACCAGGGUUUGGCCUCGUUGUAUUGACAAGCACGCAGUUUAUGGUAGUUCUGGAGAUUCUUCAGUAAAAGUUCAUACAAAUAAUAACACUGAAAUUGACCAAUACAUGUCGUGGAAUUUAAAAGGGAAGAAAAUCAAGAGGAAGCCGGAAAUGUCGCCCGACACGACUUACUCGAAAAAGUAUACUGAAAACUGCCCCUGCAACAGAAACGGCCAGGAGUUGAACCAAUCCUCCGGUAUCGAAGAUUCGAGUGAAUGCAGCAUAGAUCCAAACAAUACUCAAAAGGGUGCAGCAUUUCCCUUUAAACCUACACCAAGUGGUAAUUUGAAAGUUCAAUCAAAUCAGGUAGUAUUUCAAUCAUCGACUGUUGGAGUCCUAUUAGCAGAUCCUACUCAAGCGAAACUCAAAGUUAAGUUUAUUGGUAAAGCUGCCGGUGAACCGGAGGAUCCAGUAACAUCUUAUGAUGUAGGGAGUGAAUCUGAGCCCCAAUUACAAUUCAAUCACAGAGAACACAGUAAUAAUAAUCAAGUCGAAAAUAAUAACGAUCGAAAUAUAAAAGAAAAACAUAGGUCUGUAAGAGAAGAUAAAGGUAAAGAGUUGGGGAGCCUAGGUUACGCUUUAGCCGAAGCUGUUGAUUGGAUGCAUGUACAGUUACCUAAAAAGCAAGAUUUGUUUCAAGAGUUUUAUAGACGAAUUCACAAUCACAUAAAUACAGACACAGUGAUUCAUAUCGGCAACGAAGAAUUUCACUGUCACAGCAUUGUACUCCAAGUGUAUUCGAACUUCUUUGACAUGAAUCCGCACAGAGAAAUUGAACUUUCAAUUAGCGAUGUUUCAUGCGAAGUAUUCCAAUCAAUAUACGAAUGGAUGAUCUUUAGUGGACAAGAGAGCAGUAAAAUAUUGAGGAAGGAUAAUAUAUUAGAUCUUUUCUGUGCCGCUCAAUUCUUAUCGAUCAAAGAUUUGGAAAACCAGUGCUGGUCGUUUAUUGUAAAUGAAAAUCUUUUCAAUGAGGACACAGCCUUCGCACUGUAUAGAGAAGCAAGACUAAGGAGAAUGUCGCCUGUUGUUGACCUUAUGGUUCCUCGAAUUAUGCGUUUCUUCCUGCCUUUAGUUGCAUCGAAAGAUUUCCUUGAACUCGAACCAGAAGAAAUUUUGACCAUCCUCAAAUCAAAUUAUAUUUGUGUGACAAGCGAAAUAGAAGUCCUCAUGGCUGGCGUGCGCUGGCUGUACGCAGACUGGUCGAACCGCCAGCAGCUUGCGGUGGAGGUGAUGAGGUGUGUGCGCUUCGGCCUCAUUUCGCCGUGGCAGCUGGUCGACAUCAAGCGGAACCCAGACAACGGCGAGAUAUUGGAGAUUGUCAACGAAUCGGAGGUGCAGCAAAUGGUCGACGAUGGUCUAGCCUAUGUUAUUAUCAAAUAUUGGUAUGGAAACAACUCGAAGAACUACUACCACUGGAUAGAUGUACUUGGUCUCACGGAGCCUGCUGAGAGAAACUGGAUUGGCGAGGAGAAGAAUCACGUAACAUACAAGGAUUUCCUCAAAUAUCUAGAGCAGUUCAUGGUACCGAAGGAACAGAUGUAUCAACAAAUGUCCAUGAUGCAGCCGCCUCGUAGAAACGAUGAUAUUCCUGCCGGUUUGCGGGGAGCCGAUAAUGACAUGAUGGAAAUGCGAAGGCCGAAAAUGGACUUUCCUUUGCCGUUCACUUUAAAAGGAUUAACGGGCGACAAGGAAAAGUUCCCAACAAUGAGCGAGUUUAUCGAUAGCAGAAAAAAAGCUCAAGAUGGACUACUGUCGCCGUCAUCGCUUCGUUCGCCACCUGUAGAUGGAGACCCUCAGCAGCCAAUGUCUUCUAGAAGCCCAACAUUUAAAAAGCCUCAGAGCAUACUUGAAGAGCAACGUAAAUUUAGGGUUAACCAACAGAAGGAACAAUCCCAUCCAAUUAAUCGUAUUAACAGAAUACAGGAGGUUCACAUGUGUACGGUGCAUCACGAUCAUAGACAAAUCUUCGAUCCUCCUGAAAAAGACUCUGGUGACGAUUUGAUGACUACCAACAGUGAGUGUAGCACUGUUACUACCGAAAGCAACGUGGAACGGAAUACGUCGCUAGACCAGUAUUGCAUGACAAAGAAGAAUGAAAAAAGGCACAGCGUAGCUGCUUCCUACCUAGCUGCUGCAACUGCAGUGCUUGCUGGUAACAGAAGAACAUCCCAUAACUCGCCUACUACAGCAGGCGAUGCACGCAGAGCCUCAGAGCCCGCGUCACGCCCGGAAGGCGCCCCACGCGCCUCUGUCUCUCCACCUCAGCCGCAACUAACCUCACCGAACAACUGCGCUAGCCCACAGUUCUCCCUGUUCAACCACUCCAAAGAAUCUCUCGCCAAGAUCAAUAUGAACAAACUUUCCACGUCGAUUCUCGGCCCAUCUAACAAGAAUUAUAUAGCAGAUGGCUCACUCUUCAAUUGGGACAAGGAAACAGUUCUUGUCUUCGGAGGAAUAGACCCUCACACCAAUUACGGACUUGGCCGAAACACGGGAAAAGAUAUAUAUAGGUACGAUCCCGUGACGAAUGUUUGGGAGAACGUUGGGGACCUUCCCGAGCCCAGACAUCAUCAUUCAGUUGCUUUCUUGCGAGGCAGGGUUUAUCUCGUCGGUGGCGCAGACCCUCGCGAUGACGAUAUAAGAGGAAAGUCAGUAGUGGUCUCCACCGUUUGGAGCUACGAGCCAGUGACACGCUCUUGGUACAGUGAGAAUGGUUUAACAGUCCCCAGGAAGAAUUUUGGGUUGGUUGUGCAUCGUAUGGCGCUGUACGCCAUCGGUGGGCAGGAUAAGAAAGGCAGGGUGCUUCGGUCUGUGGAGCGGUUCGACCCUAAAACUGGUUCUUGGAAUGAAGUGCGGUCCAUGAGCGUGGCCCGUAUGGCUGUGGCGACGGUGAAGUACCGCGACUACAUCUGGGUCGCUGGGGGUAUGACCGGCGAGAAGAAACGACCCGUCUGCAAGAUCGUGGAGUGUUACAACUCCAAAACCAACGAAUGGACUGAAAUUCACAGCUUGCGUUUCCCGAGGUGCUUCGCAACAUUAUUCGCUAUGAAUGACAGAUUGUAUAUUAUAGGGGGAGCUGGGAAAAUUUCAGACAAAGAAAAAACCGCGAGUAGUGUUGGUUCCAUAGACGUAUGGGACUGGAAGGAUCGCGAGUGGAAACCACAGACGGACAUGUCUAUCCCGCGGCAUGGACACGCUCUAGCUUACCUGGGCACACAGCUGAUCAUCAUUGGUGGCGUAACCACGAUAUACAUGCGGGCGCUCAACAACGUGGAAUCGUACUGCUGCGAACGGAGCGCCUGGAUCCGCGGCGUUGCCACUCUGCCAUCUCCUCUCUCAGGUCAUGACGCUGUCACUCUCCCACCUGCAUGCCUUAUGUGACACCACCGUUACGCUAGCACCGCACGAAUAAAGAGAGCACAGAAACAAAACGUAAAACCAUACAGUUGCGAGCCAUAGAAGUAUAAGGAUAGAGUAGGGGAGAUAUAGACUCUACUACAAGUGGAAGUGUCCCUCUAAUAGAAAGAGAAGGAAGAUGAGAGACCGCUAGCUUUCUCUCUCUAAUCGCGCAUGCGCAUUGGCAACCGUAAGUAUUUUACUAUUUCGAUGUCAUGCCAUUGGAUGCCAUGCGUCACAAGAGAGAGAGAUAGCUAGAGGUCUCAUCUUCUUUCUCUUUCUACUAGACGGACACUUUUAGAGCCACCUUCCCCACUCUAUUCUUAUAUCUCUAUGGAGCGAGCACUGGCGCCUGUCACGUACGCAAAGAAACGUUUCUAUUGGCCGCCAGUGCACACUCACAAACUCGCACGCCAUGAAGUUUCGUCUCUAUACUUUCUUUACUCAUGUACUACUACUUCACAUGUCGUUUCGAAUUAGCUAUUUUGUAAACUCGACAAAUUAUCCACAUAAUGAUUUAUAGAGAAAGACUCCGUUUUUUUCUACUAUUGUCAAGUUAACAAAAUAGUAGCUAAUAUGAAAUGCCACCCGAAGUGACGCACGCCACAUUACGUAUACAGUAAAACGUUUACCUUAUGCACGCAAAUCAUUAAAUCAUUGGUUAUAGCAAAUAUUUUCUAAAGGUUUUUUUUUUACUUCCUUCUUUUCCCGUCACACUUUUUAUUGGAAAAAUCAUUGUACGUGGAUGGGAAAAAGGAGAAAAAUACUGAAUUUAUUUAAUCGGAUCCAUAUGUACCUUUAUGCUAAGAUCUUUUGUAUUCUGUUUUGAUAUACCUAAUUCGGAAUUAUGUUAUAAAAUGAAGGUUCACUUUUUUUUGUCAAAAUUUGUGUAGAUAUAAUAAAUGCAAUAGUAAAAUAAAAAUAAUCUAAUGGGAAUGAUAACAAUAAAAUGUAUUGUCAAUGUAUUUAUUGAAAAUUGUAAGUUACGGUGUAAUUAAUUAUCUUUGUUACAAAUUAUUGUAUAAUGCGCGUUAUUUAUGUUUGUCUUAUCUUGUAAAUGUAAUUAUACUGUAAACCUUUUAUUGAAUUAUAAUUUAUUUUGAGAUAAAAUAGUAUCUAGCCCUGAUACUGAACGGAAAGUAACCGUAAGUGAUGAUUUUUCAUACAAAAAUAAUGCGAAAUUAAUUACAAUCUUAACAUCACUACUUAGACAUGAAAUCUUACAAUAUAAUAUCACAAAGUCCCUUAACAUAAUAUGAAAUCACAACUUUUAUUAGGAGUCAAGAAAUAAUCAAAAUAUAAUACAAUAUAAACUAGUUAGCAAGCGUUCGAGUACUUUUCUCUAUAAAAAAAAUCUACAAGAUAUUGCAGCAAUCAGGAUAGUAUUGUAAUCUAAGUUCUUCUCAUACUAUUACAUCAUUCUCAUGGAUUAGUCCAUCGUAAAAUUCGCCAGCCGGCUAAGCCGUGGUGAAUACGCAUGGCUACUUUAACAAAACUACUAUUUCACGGAACAUUGUCAUUCAUAACGUCUUAUCCUAAAAUAUCACAAAGUUUAAGUGGCAAUUGACUUUAUUCCUUUCUUCUAAAUAAAUUACCAAACAUCCCUGCAGAUACCAAACGCAUCCCUUUCAAAGCCGUCUUCACAAGGGGCGUAGACUUUGAAGAAUAGAGCGCUAUUUACAGGAACGAGUCCGUUUUGUUUUACAUUUUGAAUGUCAACCUGAAAUAAAAAUAAUUGUUAAUAUAAAAUAUAAACUAUUUAAUUUCAGUUGAAACUGGAAACUGGCAAUGUGCUAAUUCUUUCGUGACUUUUCAUUGGUUUCUUAUAUAAGUAAACUUUAUGUUGGAUAAAAAACUAAGCGUUACGUUAUCCCUUAUUUAAAAUUUAACAGCCUAUUAGUGUAGCAGUAUAAGUGCUAAUAUAUUCAAAUGACUGCAGUACCAAUGCCUAUCUAUUUAAUUUUAAAAUAAGCUUUCCCAAAUUAAAAAAACUAAAUAAAUGAAACCAUAAUAGAAGGUGUUUCGUAACCGAUUUAAGCAAUACUUACAAUGUCAAUUCCAUCCGUGUCUUUUGCGGCAUCUUCUUCUAUUUUCUCCAUUUCUUCACUGUCGUCUAACUUCUUUACAAUAUGUGGAUGCACAUGAAAUGCAUCUGCCAUAAUCGCUAAACCCAGAACUAGAACUACGAAAACGUUUAGUUUCAUGUUCAUGUUUACACCUUUUACUGGCAGUGUCGCGCUGUACUUAUCCGA